AGAGGUUGAAGUCAACCUAACGAGUUUGUUGUAUAGGUUGUAUACACAGUCCGUUUUUUGUGUAAAAGUGAAUUCGUGCAUUGUGAUUGACCUGCUCACGUCCGAGAUUGUGGAAGUAAAGCAAUUCUCUGGCUACAAAGCAUCUCCAGUCAUGUAUCACAACAGCUCACAGAAGAAAUUCUGGAUUUUUGAUAAAGAGGCAAAAUUGGACCAGUUUAGACAGGAGGCCAACCAGAAGUUUCACUCUAAAGCCCUGGGUCUCAGAAAGCCUGGAAUAAAUGAGUCCAUGUUUCUUGAGCCUCGUGAAGAGAAAGUGCUUUUCCGACACUAUGAGAAGAGAUUGCUUGACUUCUGCUCAGUAUUCAAACCUGUGAUGCCUAAAUCUGUUGUGGGCACUGCUUGUAUGUAUUUCAGAAGAUUUUAUUUAAACAACUCUUUAAUGGAUUACCACCCAAGAACAAUAAUGCUGACCUGUGCAUACCUGUCAUGCAAGGUGGAUGAGUUUAACGUUUCCAGCACUCAGUUUGUUGGGAACCUUCAGGAGAGCCCAGCAGGACAAGAGAGAGCCCUGGAACAGAUCCUGGAGUAUGAGCUGCUCCUCAUCCAGCAGCUGAACUUUCACCUGGUAGUACACAACCCCUAUCGGCCCCUGGAGGGUUUUCUCAUAGACCUGAAGACGCGGUACCCACUCUUGGAAAAUCCGGAAAUGAUGCGGAAGAGUGCAGAUGACUUCCUCAACAGAGCCUCCAUGACAGACGUGGGGCUGCUGUUCUCGCCAUCACAGAUCGCCCUCACUGCCGUACUUAACAGUGCCGCUCGCGCAGGACUCAACAUGGAAACAUAUCUUACUGAAUGUAUGGGACUAAAGGAGGACAAGGAGACCCUCUCAAAAAUGUAUGAUGUAAUGAGACGAAUAACAACUCUUAUUAAGGAAUAUGAACUUCCCAAAGUAGAGGAAGUAAACAUGUGCAAACAGAAACUGGAGAGGAUUCAUGCUGAAUUCACCACAAACACAAAUUUGAAAAGAAAGCAUGGCUAUGAAGAUGAUGACCAUGUUGUGAAAAAGCCCCUUGUUACUGAGGAGGUAAGCAAUGGCUUCCUGACCCCUUUCCCUUCCUUUACACAUCAUUCAUUUGUCACUGCCUUCAUUAUAUGGAAUCUAAUGAAGGGAUAUCGUGUUUAGGAGUGGAGUGAUGAAGAUCUGGAUGCUUUGUGACAAGAAUCGUCCAUCUUGUUUUAUGAAGACACAUUUUUGAGUUUUGGACAGCUCAGCAAAGCUACUUAAUCCACCUUAGUGAAGUUUGAUAACUGUGCUUUCCAAUUUUGUCACUUAGUUCUACAGACAGGAUUUGUGUAUGUGUGAGCGAGAGAGGACCUAGGCAAUAUUUGCUAUCUUGUAAUGUUGACUUCUUUACUGAAAAUAAAAGUUUCAUACUUCAUUAUCUUCAAUAUUUUGUAUAUUGAUGAUGAUAUUCUACAUUGUUGUUUACACAAUCACCACAGUUAAAGUUACAAAAAUCAGAAAAACCUGGACAUUAAAAGACAAGAAAUGCAUUUUUACAUUUAAGGAGUUGAAUUUCUUUGCACCCUAUUUAAAAACACUACACAAUCUGACAAAGGAGUCAGUACUUUAUAAAAUGUUUAAUAAGUGCAUGCAUUUCUGAUACAGUCUUUACUAUUAUAGAUCUUUACUGUUGUAAACAUUUUAUUUACUCUUCCCUGAGAACAAGUCUGGCUUUGAAUUAAUCUCAGGGAAGACUAAACCAAUUAAAAAUAUAAUGGGGUUGGGGGGGAGGGUAUUCAAAUUAUAUACUCAUGAUUCCAGCAAGAGAAUUUAUUGUUCUGAUAUAAAAUAAUCAUACUCUCUU